AUGCAGCGUGCGCGGGCAUGUUGUCUCCAAUGGGGGGCAGCCUUGCUUCUUUUGAGCUUGUUCGCUGGGAGGACGUUGGCAGCCGUGGUGACAUCGGGAGGCGUGAAGUACACGGUCGCCGAGAUGGCUCAGUUGCAGCUGGAAGGAGGUGUCACUGAUCUAAAGGCGACCGACAUGAAGAUCUACUGGGGUUCCUUGGGAUCAUGGAAGUCGGGCUCGGACAUCCUGUCAGCCAACACGGUGAUCGAGAUCUUCCUCCCCAGGUUCUCUGGAAGCUCCAACCUCUUUGGAGCAUACAGAUCGGAUACCACUGAGAGCACUGUACAAUGGCUCAACAAUCCAUCUGCAUCUGUGAGCAUCUCGGAGGUGAUCAACAAGCCAUGGGCUGCCUCGGCAUCUGUUUCAUCACAACAGGCGGCCACAGGGCCUGGGAUAGCCGGAUGCUAUGGGAUCGUGCAAGACCUUUCUUCCAAUGCCUUUGAUCUCAAGCAGAUCAAGGCAAACGCGUUCUCCAUGUGCUACUGGGACUCUCAGCGAGAAACGUUGCGACUUUACAUGCCGACAGCUCUUCAAAUCACCGGCGUGUACAUCAACAAGGUGUCUAUGUACCAGAACUACGACGUGAACGGGAAGCAGAACGGGCUUGGACCAUUGCCACCGAUAGGUGGCAUUGAUGAGAAAUGGUAUCAGCUCGCCAACGUUGCUUUUUACCAAGCGGAGGGAAAUUCUCUUGGGUGUGCUGUAUCAGACCUCACGAGCUUCCCUUCUACUCCAUGCACAAGUGAAUACCUGGUGUACCAAGUUCCCUUCGACCAGUACCGAUCUGUGAGGUUUGGGACCGACCAUCCUCCCAUGCCUGUGCAGAAAGGAGCAGGUGGAGUCGGCACAGUAGCAGCGCCGGCGUUUGUAUAUGCGGCCGCUGCUGGAAACAACGACGGGCCCAGUCAAGAUGUCUGCAUCACAGUGACAUUGAUCAGCUCGGCGACAAUCUACUCUGUUUCCGUGAACCCAACUCAGUUUCACUCACCGGGACUGUCGGGCUCAGCAACACGAGUGGCAACAUUGACCUCUACCAGUCCAAAUGCCAGGACCAACAAGGUUUUGAAUCAAGCUUAUUUCGACUCUGCUGGAACCAUGUCAUUCGAGCUUGUACCUGGCAACUACAUUCAGGCUGGAGAGGUGGUAACCUUCACGUUCAAACUCAAGACUGGAUCCAAUACUCAAGCUUCCCAGAGUCUCAAAGCUGUCUUGUCUGGACAGAUUUGCCAAAACAACGACCUCUGCACAUCUUCAACUUCCGUGUCUGCUCAGAUGAGCAAUGAUGUCUCACCGUCUUCCAAGAUCAUCGAGGUGGUCGGCAACAAGCUGAGGACGUCGAUCUUUCAGAGUUCCAGUGAUCCCGGAUCGCUUACGCACGUGUUUGUUACUAUGACACCAAACUUCAAUGUCGAUUCUGGGUCUGUGAUCAGUCUUCAAGGCCUCUGUGGAACCCAGACCAACAGUCCAAAGAUAACUGUGAUGAGCAAUCGACUGAACGGUGGCAUCCCUUUGACGGACAUGUGCUCUUCUGCUGGCAAUCCUACGGAGAUUGAUAUUGGUGACCCGACCUUGCAGGCCGUAAGUCCCAAAAUGGACUGGUCGCUUGGUGGAGCGCUGAAGAUCACUGUGUCAACGAUUAUGACUGCACGCAACACGUAUGUCUUGUCGUGGGACUGGCAGAAUUCUAACAGUGGCAAUGCUGCAUGUCCUGUGACAGUGACAGUUUCGAAGGGCUCUACUGUUGUGAAUGCAGAAAGCGUGGAGAACAUGGGCAACACUGUUGGAUACGUCGCCGCACCUGGCUUUAUCAAGUACAAGAUCGGACAAACAACCACUCGCCCUGAUGUCACAAACUACAUUUGCAUCACCCUCCGGAGUAACUACAGGGUCUCCACGCAAUCCAACAGUGCAGGACAAAACAACUUGGCGCAAAUCACUCUGUCAGGGUUGCAAGGCUCACAGACUGUCACACAGCCAAUCAUCACAGCCUGCCCGUCAUUCAACUGGGACACCAUGACACUCGAAGCGCCAUCGAAUCCUCCCACAUCCCACUUCAUUGAUGUCAUCAAUGGUGGAACGUUGCACAGAACUACCAGCUGGUCUGCAGGCACAACUGUCUUGACGGUGAAUCAGGAUGACACAGCCAACAACAUGUUCUAUUCCAUCCCUCAACAGCAGGACAUCAAGUUUGCGAUCGUAUUGAAAAAUGCUGUGUCGGCUAAUCCAUGUCAGACUGUCUCAUUGAGUUUGUCAGCUCUCGGUCCAGGAGACAAUCAGUUCACGCAGAACGUGCAGAUGGUGCAGAACUCGGUCGACAGAGCACUUCAAGAUGGUGAAACGGAUGGGGAUGUGUGUGUGCUCAAAUCGUACGCUUAUGGCUUCCCGACCAGGCUGAUAUCGCAGUCAACGUCGUCCCCCUGA